AUGGGGUUCUGCAAAGCCUUCCUCUCCUCCCGGUUUCUUCUGUGGAGUCAUAGUAGAGGGGUGAGGUUGAUGUUCUUGUUACUGACCCUGCAUUUGGGGAGCUGUGUUGAUAAAGCAGAUGAUGAAGAUGAUGAGGAUUUAACAGUGAACAAAACUUGGGUCUUGGCACCAAAAAUCCAUGAAGGAGAUAUUACACAAAUUCUCAACUCAUUGCUUCAAGGCUAUGACAACAAACUACGUCCAGAUAUAGGAGUGAGGCCCACAGUAAUUGAAACCGAUGUUUAUGUAAAUAGCAUUGGACCAGUUGAUCCCAUAAAUAUGGAGUACACAAUUGAUAUAAUAUUUGCCCAAACAUGGUUUGACAGUCGCUUAAAGUUCAAUAGUACCAUGAAAGUGCUUAUGCUUAAUAGUAAUAUGGUUGGAAAAAUUUGGAUUCCUGACACAUUCUUCCGAAAUUCUAGAAAAUCUGAUGCUCACUGGAUAACAACUCCUAAUCGUCUGCUUCGAAUUUGGAAUGAUGGUCGAGUUCUAUAUACAUUAAGGUUGACAAUUAAUGCAGAAUGUUACCUUCAGCUUCAUAACUUUCCUAUGGAUGAACAUUCCUGUCCACUUGAAUUUUCAAGCUAUGGAUAUCCUAAAAAUGAAAUUGAGUAUAAGUGGAAAAAACCCUCUGUGGAAGUGGCUGAUCCUAAAUACUGGCGAUUAUAUCAAUUUGCAUUUGUAGGGUUACGGAACUCAACUGAAAUCUCACACACAAUCUCUGGGGAUUAUGUUAUCAUGACAAUUUUUUUUGACCUGAGCAGGCGGAUGGGAUAUUUCACUAUUCAGACCUACAUUCCGUGUAUUCUGACAGUUGUUCUUUCUUGGGUGUCUUUUUGGAUCAAUAAAGAUGCAGUACCUGCAAGAACAUCACUGGGUAUCACUACAGUUCUGACCAUGACAACCCUGAGUACAAUCGCCAGGAAAUCUUUACCAAAGGUUUCUUAUGUGACUGCGAUGGAUCUCUUUGUUUCUGUUUGUUUCAUUUUUGUUUUUGCAGCUUUGAUGGAAUAUGGAACCUUGCAUUAUUUUACCAGCAACAGAAAAGCAAAGACGACUAGAGAAAAAAAGCUAAAAAACAAGGCCUCGAUGUCCUCUGGUCUCCACCCUGGAUCCACUCUGAUUCCAAUGAGCAGUAUUUCUCUGCCUCAAGGAGAGGAUGAGUACGGAUAUCAGUGUUUGGAGGGCAAAGAUUGUGCCAGCUUCUUCUGCUGCUUCGAAGACUGCAGAACAGGGUCGUGGCGGGAAGGCAGAAUACACAUACGAAUUGCCAAAAUUGACUCCUAUUCGCGAAUAUUUUUUCCAACAGCUUUCGCCCUGUUCAAUCUGGUUUAUUGGGUUGGUUAUCUUUACUUAUGA